AUGAGGGCGGGACGUCUAAGGUGGAACCCGUUUGUCUGCUUCAGCAGUCGUGCCCCUGACUGGCGCUUCUCUCCGCAGUCACAACCUGCAAAGCAAACAGCAUGGACUGAUAACUGUGCUGAAACUCAACUGCAACAACACAGAAGCCACCAAAACACCUGCCUGAUGCUCCCUAAGCCGGCACACCGCAGAGGGAGGAGCCUCUCUGACGCACUGACCCUGGAGCAAUCAGACGAGGGGGGGCUGGUUAUUUCCAGUAUCAACAACAGUGCCUCAGCUGGUCAGGGACUAAGGGAAGGGGAUGAAAUCGUGGGGGCAACAAUCGAUUUUGAUCAACUGUCAAAACAGGAGGUGUUAGAAGUACUGAAGCUGAUGAAGCCGUUUGAUGACAAGGUCCGAGUGCUCACAAAGAAUAACCUGAGCAAGAGCCUCGGAAAUCUGGACGAAUCUUCCAGGAGUCCUGAAACGAUGCUGAAGGAUUCCUACAGCAAACUCUACAAUGCCAAAAUCAAGAAGUUCAUGAAGGAUGACUUGCCUUAUGCCGAGAAUGAGGAGGUAACUGCCAAGCCAACUGUAAAACAUGACAUGGAAUUGCCUCGCCUCGGAGUAGACUUUGGACAUCUGAAAACAAAGACACCAAACACAGACUUUGAUGCUGAUUCACAAUCUGGUGACGCCACAUUCUCUGCUGACACAGCUGGAGAAUUAACAGAUGGGAGCAAUCUGAACCUUCCACCAUUGGGUCUUGGCUCGAAUGAUCCGGUUUUACGUGGAGGUCAGGUGAAAGUGGGCAGUAGAGUUCAGGUACCAACACUAAAUGUCAAUGCCAGAAGUUCACAGCUUAACGGUCCUGAAUUCCAUCUGUCCGGGACAUUACCAGAGAGUCCAGAUGUCAACACCACAACUGGUAUACAACUGCCAAACACUGAUAGUCCAUCUGUUGACUUGACAAUGCCAAACCAUGAAAGACCUCAAAUUGGACUGAAAAACAAUGGAAGUUUCACAGCUCCACAAAUAGGUAUAGACUUAAAAGGUUUAGAUGUUAGCAACCCUGACACAGGGAUAAAUCUUAAUGGGGGAAAUAUCACUGGUGUUCCCAAAGUGGGCAUUGAAGGAACAAACAAAAGAUCGAAAAUGCCAAAAUUCAAACUGCCAGACCUGGGCCUCACUGAACCCACUUUAGGUAGGCCAGAAUGUGAGGUUGGGACACCAGACAUUGAAGCCCCAGAUGUUCCCACAGGUAAAAUUCGUCACAAGUAUUCCAAGAGACUGAAAUACCCCGAUCUAAAUGUUGACAAUCCUUCCGGUUAUGUACAAUCACCCAAGCUAAGUCUGUCUGGGAAAUCCCCUGACUUUGGCCUGGAAACACCAGGUAUGAAUGUGUCACAACCUGAUCUAAAUGGGCCAGCCAAUGACUUUCCUUCAAGUGAAGUCAAAGGGCUACUUAAGAAACCCAAAAUUGAUCUUAAAGCUCCAUAUUUAGAUGUGGAUGCCCCAUCUGGUAAAUUUAGUAUGUCCAAAUUUGGGCUCUCAGGCAAAAGUGACACUGAUGUUAAAACCCCUGACCUAAGUCUCAAAAUGCCAAAGAUAAAAGGUGAGAUUAAGGCACCUGAUACCAAUCCAGCCAAAGCUGACCCAUCUGGGAAAUACAAGGCCCCUAAAUUCACAAUGCCCCGAUUCGAUUUACCAAACAUUGAAAUUCCAGGUUUUAAUGGAGAUCUCGAGGGACAAGAUGUGCAGUUGGCAGCACCAGAGCUGAAACCUGGAAUUGCAGACCCAAAUUUUGACUUAAAUGUACCCUCAACCGACCUGGAUAUUUCAAGCCCAUCUGGAAAACUCAAAAUGCCAGGCUUUGGACUUUCUGGGCCUAAAGUUAGAGGCCCUGACUAUCACAUAAAGACUCCAGACUUGGAUCUAUCUGCUCCCAAGUUUAAAGAGGGUAUGCAUUUGCCUGGUAUUGAUCUCAAAGACCCAGAAGUAGGCCUUAAUAACCCAGAUGUGGAUAUUAAUAUUCCCUCUGGUAAAUUAGACACUGAUGCUACCUCUGGCAAGUUUAAAUUGCCAAAGUUUAAGCUCUUUGGCACAUUACCAAAGAAAAAAGAUGUGGAUAUCAAUGCAGGGUUGAAAACACCUGAACUAACUUUGAAAUCCCCAAAAAUGAAGGGCAUGGAUUCUCCUGACUUGAGUGUACCAAAAAUGGAUUUCAAAGUUCCAAAUUUAGACCUCCACUCUCCAGAAGUAAACAUUGAUUCACCCAAAGGAAAAUUCACCUUGCCAAAGCUGAAAAAAAAUCAGUUUAAUCUAUCAGGCCCAAAAAGACCAAAUAUUGAUGUAGAUGGAUCUCUAAACAGACCAGACCUGCCAUCAGGUGGUCUUGAUAUGAAUUUGUCAAAGCCACAGUUUGACUUUGAUGCACCUUCACUUGAUUUCAAAGGUCCAAAUUCAGAGCUGAAAAUCCCUGAUGCCAACAUUGGAAGGCCGUCAGGAAAAAUUAAGAUGCCAAAUUUUGAAAUGCCAGAUUUUGGACUCUCAGGACCAAAUCUGAGAGGGCUUAAUGGUAAACUAGGUACUCCAGACUUUGAUCUUUCAGCCCCCAAAUUUAAAGGGGCUAUUGGUUCUCCAAGUUUGAAUUUGCCUGAGAUGGACCAACCCAAACUAGACCUUACUGGGCCAGAUGUCAACUUAGAUAUGCCCUCAGGUCAAUUCAAAGUACCAGCAAUGAAGGAGCCAAAUAUUGACUUGAAUGCUCCUGACAUGCAUAUUGAUGCCCCCACUGGCAAAUUUCGAAUGCCUAAAUUAGAUCUUUCAGGCACACUGCCAAAAGGACCGAAUAUGGCCAUAAACACAGAUCUGAAGUCACCAGAUUUUAGUGUGGAAGCUCCAAAGAUAAACGGUGGAAUUGACACCCCUGAUUUGGACUUACCAAACAUGGACCUUAAAGCUCCCAAGUUAGAUAUGAACACUCCAGAUGUCAACAUUGGUUCACCCAAAACAAAAUUUAAAAUGCCCAAACUAAAGAUGCCUAAAUUUAGCCUUCCAAGCCUAAAAGGACCUGAAAUGGAUGGAAACUUAGAUGGUCCAGAUGUUGAUGUAAAUGUACCCAACAUCAAUCUCAAAGGUCCUAAAGCAGACUUAGGAAUGCCAGAUGUUGAUAUUGCUGGUCCGUCUGGAAAAUUCAAAAAGCCAAACUUGAACCUGCCUGAUUUGGGGCUUUCUGGUCCAAAGUUAGAUGGGCAUUACUUGGACCUCAAAUCUCCUGACCUAGAUUUCUCUGGUCCUAACCUCAGUGGUGGAAUAAAUGUACCAGAUCUGAACAUGCCCAAGGUUGGCUUCAAAAGCCCAAAACUGGACUUCAAUGCCCCAAAUGUCAACUUAGACAUGCCAUCAGCUAAAAUGAAAAUGCCAGAGAUUCAUGCUCCAGACUGGGAUGUUAAUGCUCCCUCAGGCAAAUUGAAAAUGCCUAAAUUUAAUCUUUCAGGUACAUUGCCAAAAGGACCACAUAUGGACAUAAACACUGAUCUGAAGUCACCAGAUUUAAGUCUGGAAGCUCCAAAGCUAAAGGGUGGGAUUGAUACUCCUGAUGUGGACUUACCAAACAUGGACCUUAAAGCUCCCAAGUUAGAUAUGAACACUCCAGAUGUCAACAUUGGUUCACCCAAAGCAAAAUUUAAAAUGCCCAAACUAAAGAUGCCUAAAUUUAGCCUUCCAAGCCUAAAAGGACCUGAAAUUGAUGGAAACUUGGAUUGUCCAGAUGUUGAUAUAAAUGUACCCAACAUCAAUCUCAAAGGUCCCAAAGCAGACUUAGGAGUGCCAGAUGUUGAUAUCGCUGGUCCAUCUGGAAAAUUCAAAAAGCCAAACUUGAACCUGCCUGAUUUAAGGCUUUCUGGUCCAAAGUUAGAUGGCCCUAACUUGGACCUCAAAUCUCCUGAUCUAGAUUUCUCUGGUCCUAACCUCAGUGGUGGAAUAAAUGCACCAGAUCUGAACAUGCCCACGGUUGGCCUCAAAAACCCCAAACUGGACCUAAAUACCCCAAAUUACAAUUUAGACAUGCCAUCAGGCAAACUGAAAAUGCCAGAGCUUCAUGCUCCAGAUUGGGAUGUUAAUGCUCCCUCAGGCAAAUUGAAAAUGCCUAAAUUUAAUCUUUCAGGUACAUUGCCAAAAGGACCAAAGAUAGACAUAAACACUGAUCUGAAGACGCCAGAUUUAAGUCUGAAAGCUCCAAAGAUAAAUGGUGGAAUUGAUACUCCCGACGUGGACUUACCAAACAUGGACCUUAAAACUCCCAAGUUAGAUAUGAACACUCCAGAUGUCAACAUUGGUUCACCAAAAGCAAAAUUUAAAAUGCCCAAACUAAAGAUGCCUAAAUUUAGCCUUCCAAGCCUAAAAGGACCUGAAAUUGAUGGAAACUUGGAUUGUCCAGAUGUUGAUAUAAAUGUACCCAACGUCAAUCUCAAAGGUCCUAAAGGAGAUUUAGGAAUGCCAGAUGUUGAUAUCGCUGGUCCAUCUGGAAAAUUCAAAAAGCCAAACUUGAACCUGCCUGAUUUAAGGCUUUCUGGUCCAAAGUUGGAUGGCCCUAACAUGGACCUCAAAUCUCCUGACCUAGAUUUCUCUGGUCCUAAUCUCAGUGGUGGAAUAAAUGCACCAGAUCUGAACAUGCCCACGGUUGGUCUCAAAAGCCCAAAACUGGACCUAAAUACCCCAAAUGUCAACUUAGACAUGCCAUCAGCUAAAAUGAAAAUGCCAGAGAUUCAUGCUCCAGACUGGGAUGUUAAUGCUCCCUCAGGCAAAUUGAAAAUGCCUAAAUUUAAUCUUUCAGGUACAUUACCAAAAAGAACAAAUAUGGACAUUAACACAGAUCUGAAGUCACCAGAUUUAAGUCUAAAAGCUCCAAAGCUAAAGGGUGGGAUUGAUACUCCUGAUGUGGACUUACCAAACAUGGACCUUAAAGCUCCCAAGUUAGAUAUGAACACUCCAGAUGUCAACAUUGGUUCACCCAAAGCAAAAUUUAAAAUGCCCAAACUAAAGAUGCCUAAAUUUAGCCUUCCAAGCCUAAAAGGACCUGAAAUUGAUGGAAACUUGGAUUGUCCAGAUGUUGAUAUAAAUGUACCCAACAUCAAUCUCAAAGGUCCUAAAGCAGACUUCGGAAUGCCAGAUGUUGAUAUUGCUGGUCCGUCUGGAAAAUUCAAAAAGCCAAACUUGAACCUGCCUGAUUUGGGGCUUUCUAGUCCAAAAUUUGAUGCCCCUAACUUGGACCUCAAAUCACCUGACUUGGGUAUCUCUGGUCCUGACCUCAGGGGUGGAAUAAAUGCAACACAACUGAAAAUGCCCAAGGUUGGUCUCAAAAGCCCCAAACUGGACCUAAAUACCCCAAAUGUCAAUUUAGACAUGCCAUCAAGUAAACUGAAAAUGCCAGAGCUUCAUGCUCCAGAUUGGGAUGUUAAUGCUCCCUCAGGCAAAUUGAAAAUGCCUAAAUUUAAUCUUUCAGGUACAUUGCCAAAAGGACCAAAUAUGGACAUAAACACCAAUCUGAAGUCACCAGAUUUAAGUCUGGAAGCUCCAAAGAUAAAUGGUGGAAUUGAUACCCCUGACUUGGACUUACCAAACAUGGACCUUAAAGCUCCCAAGUUAGAUAUGAACACUCCAGAUUUCAACACUGGUUCACCCAAAGCAAAGCUGAAAAUGCCCAAAUUAAAAAUGCCUAAAGUUAAUCUACCAAGCUUUAAAGGACCUGAGAUUGAUGGCAAUUUAAAUGGCUCAGAUAUUGACAUAAAUGCACCCAAUGUCAACCUCAAAGGGUCCAAAAGUGGCUUUGAAAUGCCAAAUGUUGAUUUUGGCAGCCCAUCCAGAAAAUUUAAAAAGCCACAUUUGAAAAUGCCUGAAGUGGGGUUUUCUGGUCCAAAGAUAGAUGGCCCAAACUUUGACCUCAAUUUGCCAGAUUUUAAUGCCAAAUUACCAAAAGAACCAAAUUUGAACAUAAAUCCAGACUUGAAAACCCCAGAUUUGAAUCUCAGAGCUCCAAAGAUAGAGGGUGGAAUUGAUACCCCAAAGCUAGGCUUACCAGACAUGGACCUUAAAACUCCCAAGUUAGAUGUGAACACUCCAGAUAUCAACAUUGGUGAUGCAAAAUUCAAAAAGCCCAAAAUGAAGAUGCCAAAAGGCCCCAAUGUUGACAUAAAUGGGGAUCUAAAUAUCCCAAAUGUAGAUAUUGAUGGAAAAUUGAAAAUGCCCAAUUUAAAUAUGCCAGACUUCAAUACCAAUCAGCUAGAUCUUAGUGCAAAACGUCCUGAUCUAGGUAUAAAUGGUAACAUAGAACGACCUGAGUUGAAGGGGAGUAUCACAGGUCCAAAGGUCAGUGCUCCAAACAUUGACCUCAGCUUGCCUGAAGCGGGUAUUCAGAAUACACAGCUACAUCUCAAAUCUCCACAACUUGACGUUAAUGAUCCUUCACUCAGAAAGCCUUCAUAUAAGAAUCGGAGAUCAGAUAUAGGGGGAAAUAUGAGAAUGCCUGUCCUGGACAUAGAUGCAGAUAUCAGACAUCGUCACACUGAAGGGAAGUCACCCAGGAACAAAUCAAGGUCCAGCUACCCUGUGAUGGGUGCUAAUUUAGGCCACCAUAUUGAUUUCAACCAUUCAGAUCUCAACAUUGAUGAUUUCACAGGAAAGCAUCAUGUGCCUAAGGCCAGAGGUUCAACACUGGACCUCCAAGCAUCACAUAACUAUAGACAGAUGAGCUCCCGAUCUGGUGUUGGGAUUGAUAUGAGGGACCCCAGACACGCUAGAAGAAGAGUCCCAGCUGGUGACAUUGAUAUGCAUUCAAGGUACCAGAGAGCAAUGCAGCCUAUAACUGACGUGCGUUUGCCACAUUUCUCUCAAGACUCAAGAGUAAAAGUGCCCUCAGGCAGUUCAGACGGAUAUUACGUCACUGUUUUCCCUACACAAGCACAAAAUCAAAAAAUGCCAAAUCGUAAAUACAACACACUUGGGGGGCUUGACUUUAAUCCAGGAAAUGUGAACCUUGAAGUUCCAGCUGAAAACUACCUAAAAGGGUCAACAUUCUUCUUCUCCAACCUCAUGUAA